CACAAGGAGGAGAUUCCCCUGGUGUCUCGGCAUCUUGAGCCUCCCUGACUGCUGUUAGUGAACGGUUGUCGGCGUCCGUCGUCCUGUCUGGCCAUCAGCCCCCUCAGACCAGACCCAAGCUAUCGAUCUCUCAGUUUCUCCACACUUCUCAAGCGCAACUACCUGUCUCAGCACUCCUUCUAAAUCGAUAAAGCAUCAUGGGGAAGGGCUGCGUUACGUGGACCAAAUACUUCCUGUUCCUCUUCAACCUUAUUUUCUUUCUUCUUGGGGCUAUCAUCAUGGGGUUUGGCUUGUGGCUCAUCCUGGACAAUCAGAGCUUCAUCGUUGUUUUCAAUGACUCCAUUGCUGUCAAAGCUGCGUGCUACAUCCUGAUUGGAGUUGGCACAUUCUCCAUGCUUAUGGGUUUCCUCGGAUGUUUAGGAGCCAUUUAUGAGAUCCUCUGUCUGCUUGGCCUAUACUUCACCUGCCUCUUGUUGAUCCUCAUUGCUGAGAUUGUAGCUGGUGCCCUCAUCUACUUCCAGAACGGUGUGUUAAAAGAAGAGAUGUCUAAGAUUGUAUCAAACGUCUUGGACAAUUAUCCAGGCAACAACUCAACCACAGAGCAGGCAUGGGACUUCAUUCAGAGAAACAUGGAAUGUUGCGGCUGGAAUGGUCAAGGUGACUGGAAUGGAAACGUGGUGAUCAUCAAUUCUCAGCUUCUAUUUCCCUGCUCAUGCCACAACAUCUCCCUUGUGACUGGAAACAUCUCCGAGAGUGGAUUCUGUGAGGCUCUGACACCUGACUGGCCCGUAUAUGACAAGGGUUGUGCUCGGAGCGUGGAAAAUUGGCUCCUCACUAACAUUGGGGUUGUGCUGGGAAUCUCCAUUGCAGUUGCUUUUAUUGAGCUGCUGGGCAUGAUUCUGGUCAUCUGCUUGUGCAAAAGCAUUCAGAGGGAAGACUACACCAAAGUGCCAAAGUACUAAAGUUCACCACACUCAGUUUUAAGCUAAUACACAAUUUUUCCACUCAAUUCUAGGUUAAAUGUUUGGUUCAAAUGUAAAAUGAUGUUGGAAUAUUUAGUUGAAUACUUCUUAUGAGGUAUAUUUUUCUCAGACCAGUCUUGCUUGAAGCACUUUAAAAAGUUUUUGCUUUUUAAAGUUUUGAUCGAAGAGUAAUGUUGCAAAUGUUUUGACUGGUUUAGUGGAACCUGGAGGAGUUGGAAGGGUGACAUUGCAGAAUUAUGUAGUAAAGUAAUGUCAGUGAUUGAUCCUGUUCAUUGCUGAAAGGAGUGUUAAUUAGUGAUGCUUCCCAUAACCGUUGAAUACCCGAAUGUAUUGUAUCUCACUUGUUUUAUCUGGUUCAAAGACAACAUUGUUUUGGGAUAUCUUGACUGUUAUCUCACUUGUUUUUCUAGUCAAGAGGUCUCGACCGUUUCACACUCACUUGUUAUCUGGUUCAAAGACGAACAUUGUUGUGGGAUAUCUUGAUUGUUAUGUUUCUCAGAGCCUGAAAGACACACUUAGGUGUCAAAUGUAAAUUGACUACAAUUGUUGCGGCGCCAGGUGGGACGGGUAGGCCACCCGCCCUUUCUUUCGCACGCAACUGAAAAGUAUAAUAGAGAGAUGCAGAGUACAAACAGGUAGAGUCUGCUGCGGGUUUCGUACGAACGCCCAGCUGGUUGACAAAGCGGACCUCUAUCUGGGUGACGGCUCUCCACCUUCUCGGCAUAGGUCAGGGGCUCAUAUGAUUGAUUUCACGCAAUGUCAACCGUGUUUUGAGAACUUGCAUUUGGUCAAAAUAAAUAUGCCAGUUAUUGAGGCUAAAUAGCA